GCGUGUUGCUGUGUGAGGUCACUUCCUUCUUCAGAGCGAGUUGAGCAACAAAAAGCAAGAAAGCGUUGCACUGCGUUUGCGAAAGGAAGCAAGAGUGAAGUGCAUUGUCCCCAAGCUGUCCUGCUGUGCUGAGUCAGACUUUGAGAGACAGAGUAACAACAAACUGCCUAGAGGUGGAAUAGUGCACAGAGACAGACGGAGAGAGAGAGCGAGCGAGGAAAAGACAGGCCUGCAAGAAUCCUACUGAGUCAGCUCCUCCGUGUUAACCAAGCAAUAAAGACUGAGAGACUGAAUCUCCGCAGCCAUGCCUGCAUUGAAAGCAGAGGAGCCUGGGCAGGAGGAGACCGUGCAGGACGGGGGUGACGUUGUGUACGAGAAGGAGCACGAUGAUGGUGUCAGCCCCAGUGACCUGUCCGAGCUGCUGAAGGCAGGGACUGUGGAGGCUCACGACAAGGCUGAGAACACGCAGUUUGUCAAGGACUUCCUGAAAGGCCACAUCAGGAAGGAGCUCUUUAAGCUGGGGACGGUGGCCCUGUACUUCACAUACUCUGCCCUGGAGGAGGAGAUGGAUGGGAACAGGGAUCAGCCCCAGUUCGCCCCGCUCUACUUCCCAGAGGAGCUGCACAGACGGGAGGCGCUGGCCAAAGACCUGGAGUUCUUCUACGGAGAGAACUGGCAGGCGGUGGUGCAGCUCUCAGAGGCCACACGGAAAUACGUAGACCGAAUCCACGAGGUGGGGCGCAGCGAGCCGGAGCUGCUGGUGGCCCACGCGUACACCCGCUACAUGGGGGACCUGUCCGGGGGCCAGGUGCUAAAGAAGGUGGCCCAGCGGGCACUGAAGCUGCCCAGCACCGGAGAGGGGGUCCAGUUCUACACCUUCGACAACAUCAGCAGCGCCAAGGAGUUCAAGCAGCUGUACCGCAGCAGGAUGAACGACCUGGACCUCGACCAGGAGACCAAGCUCAGGAUCGUGGAGGAGGCCAACCGCGCCUUCGGCUUCAACAUGGAGAUUUUCAACGAGCUGGAAAGAGUUGGGAAGACUAUAAAGGACGAGGUGCUGGAUGGGGGUCUGCCGGAGUACGACGGGAAAGGGGACCUCAGUAAAUGCCCCUACUACGCUGCAAAAACAGCUGCUGGCGGUGGCUCUGCCUGUGUCUGCCACAUGGCCAUGGCAGUGCUGAGACACCCCACCGGGCAGGUCAUAAUGUCUGCCUGCAUUGCCCUGCUAGCAGGCGUUGCUGCUUGGUACCUGAUGUGAUUGGAAGGCGUGGCCUAAAGACUGGAUUCUGUAACCAUAGCGACGCCCCUCCCUCCUGACCCAAUGCUCUGCCUAACCCUUCCUGAGUCACAGUAGAUGACAAUGUGGUGUUGAGAAAAUGAGCCGCUUAUGCCAAGUCCUUUCUCUUUCAUUUCUUUUUUAAAAUCUGCAAUUAUUUUAGUCGUUGCUGGUACAGAUAAAUUCACUGCUGUUCUUUUUUUUUUUUUUUUUUUUUUUUUAAUGGGUUGGAGUUGGAGUAUACUGUACUGGAAUUGUCUGUUUUGUUCAGCUAGUAUUUGUAUUUUGUGUUUAGUGACUGAUUUGUACCCUGUGGGAUCUGUUUUCUUUCUUUUUUCUCUGAAACUGUGUGAUUCCUUCUGUGUGCGUGGGAGUGUUGUAUCAGAUAAAAGCCAUUCCUUGAAAUACUGAAACCCAGUUACCCAGACAUGUACCCUCACUGGACUAACCACACUAGGAGGGGUCUAGCUAUGGUCACUGUGCAACACAUUUCAAAAUAGUUUAAUUAUUAUAGCACUGUUGUAAGACUUGACACAAUUCUAUGCAUCUUGAUUUCACCAUUUAUAUAUCUGUAACAGGACGGAGGCUGGGUGCGGACUGACGCCUCAACACCGCAAGCGAGCGUCUUAACCACUGUGCAAAAGAUCCGGGCUCGUCUGCACCCGUGGUUAUAGAGCUGUUAACCUCAUCUCACCGACAGCGUAGAGUCCAUAACGGCAGUGCAUCACACAACACUGCCCGUCACACAUCAACCCGACAGCAUCACACAACACUGCCCGUCACACAUCAACCCGACAGCAUCACACAACACUGCCCGUCACACAUCAACCCGACAGCAUCACACAACACUGCCCAUCACACAUCAACUGACAGCAUCACACAACACUGCCCGUCACUGUUUUGUGAGCAGAAGAUUUGAAGAUUUGUACUUUUAUCUAAAUUGAGCGACAUUGAUUUUGUCAUGGGAUUCGUGCAACCAGCUCUUCAGAAUGUACGGUUUGACCUGGCAUUCCUGUCAGUGAACAAGCCUAUCCAUCCAGGCCAGGGAGCGCGCACACACACACACACAGUGUAACUGAAAGCAGGUCCUUGUGACGCCAUAGAAUAGGAACAGAUGUCCUUUAUAGGGGACGGGUUUAAAGCUGCAACUCUUGGUAGGAAAGAAAAAACUAAAAACCUCAGUUGAACGGAUGUAGUUUUGUUUGUGUAAAAUGAUUUAAAUGGAAACUAUGUACUGUUCUCUAUUGUUUAGCAGUGACCGCAGGUGGCAUGAACACACACUGUAACCUUUGCUUCCUAUGCAGUGUCUGCAGUGGUAUUAGUAUUAACGUAGUAUUACAGCACAUGUCUGAAAUGUGCCGUCUGCUAUUAACUUUAAUAUAUCUAGAUCGUACUGCAUAUGCAGUUUCUGCUGUUUGUUUUAAUCUAAUCUGUGGAAGAUAUGUAGUGUAAUUCAGUUCCAUUUGGCUUCUGUAACGAGGCGUUUGUUUCUUAUGGGCAGAUUGUUAACAGGUCCGUUUUUGACCCACACAUAUGCAGUGCUUUGCGUGUGCAUGCCAAUGGGCAACCACUAUGAUUGAGUGCGGCUUGCCACUGUGCCUGGUAUCGAGACAGACUGUCUAAGUGAGCAAAGUAACUCGUAGGAAUUUAAAUGCCCAUUUCUCUACUACAUUUCCCAGCUGGUGGGAUUCAGGUGCCGAUCAGAUAUAGCAGGUAUAGGGGACCUGACGAGAAGUAAAAAACGCCAAUAUAACCCAAGCAGUAUCAAAGCACAGAAGGAAAGUUGGGCUGAAAUAAUAAAGAGUCUUAUCGAUACCUUUCUGUGUGAUUAACAGCACUACAUCGAAUAGAUUGCUAUGCAUUUUUAAAAGAGAUUUAUAAAAUUCACUUAUUUCACUGCAGCACUUUACCCAGUGUUAGAAAAGUCAGGAUGAUUAUAUAUAUAUAUAUAUAUAUAUAUAUAUAUAUAUAUAUAUAUAUAAACACAUACACUAAUGUAGGAAUGGAAAGUGUGAUGCAAAAAGCUAGCACUCAAAGUGAGGGCAGAAACUACAUAAUAUCAGCAGCCGCUGCUGCCAACAAAUGACACAAACAUGUUUGACCACCAGUGUGUGUGUGUUUUUUUUUUUAAACAUAGCUUGUGGUGGCUUACUGGUAAAACAAACAAAAAAACAGUUGAAACAGUUACUACUUUUUAGCGGGUCUUGACUGCAAUACCAGUGUGUGGCCUGUUAAGGGCCCUGCUGAAUUUAACAUCCACCUGUGUGUUACAAACCCUCCUUUGAGUGCAAUAUCAUUGUAAUACUGGAAGAUCAUGCAAUUAUUAUCACAAUCUGUUUUUCUGUGCAAAUGUUAGACUAAUCUGCUUAUGAAGGUCAAGGAAAUGCUUGUAAACCUAAGAGUAAUAUCCUGUUUUUAUUUUACAACAUUAAAAUUAAUAUUGCUUUUUAUGCACAA